AAUAAUAAUAGUUUUUCCACUCCUCUAGGCGGAAAUGGAGCGUGCCUUGCUGCAGGGAGAGAGGCAGGCAGAACUCGACCAGAUCGAGGCAGAGACGGACAUCAUCAGUCAGUUGCAGCGCAAGCUAGAUGAGCUGGAAAUUGCCAUUCAGCGAGAGAAAGACAAGGAGAGGGCUAAUGUUGAGGCUGAGCGUCAGGCCCUGCGGAGACUCCAGGAGGGCCAUGCUGAGCUGAAGAACCAGCUGCAUAACUGUCCCGAGUCCCUGCGCGAACAGUUACAGGAACAGUUCAAAAGGGUGGGUCGUCAGUCGAGCAGAAAUAAUCGAGUGAGCGAGUUCAUUCAGAAAUUUCGAAAACCACCAGUGGAAUCAGGGACUCAAACCGAGACGCAGAUUUUGAAAGCCCUGUUCCCUCCAUG